GCUGGGAUGUGUAAGGGCUUGGCCAGAGGAGUGCCACAUGGGAUUUAUCCUUCCGGAAAUUAUUGUCUUUUUCGAAUCUUUCGUGAAUCGAUUGAGAUGCCCGGGUACCAGAUAUUGUACUUCACAUUCUGAACACUGCACUGGUCAAUUCGCUGAAACACAUGAGUGGAUGACGGAGAUUCAGUCUUCGGUGAUUUUGAUUGGAGAUGUUGACGAAAUGGCAUACAUCAUUACUCGUACGUAUGUCGCGAACGAGGGUGUGUCACGUACGCCACAGCAGAGCGGGUUCUUCGCAGGAACCGAAGCAUUCCGGUUCCGGGCCUGCCUCUGAAACCCCAUUAAUCGAGGCGUCCGAUGGGCAUGAUCCAUUUUACAAUCCCUUCGCCAAAUAUGACCAGGCUUACCUUCAAACGAGUACUGGCAAAAUUUUUGAUAAGAAGCCCUUCCGACAUUUCUGCACGGAAGGGAAGACGUAUUUAUGGUGUGCAUGCGGGUACAGCAAAGAUCAGCCCUUCUGUGACAAAAUCUGUAAAGUUGGACAGUUGAGAAUAUCCGAGCGGCCAGUUCAAUUCGUGGCCCCUGCGACCAAGAAAUACUGGUUUUGCAACUGUAAACAAACUGGGAACAAGCCCUUCUGUGAUGGGACGCAUCAGAGCGAAUUUGUGCAAUCUGCAGUGAAAUGAUUCGAGACGUCUUGUGCUAAAUUAGAACGUGUUGCUGGAUUCUUAGAUACAUGUUUCAUGAUGCUA